AUGCUCCACACAGUGAGCGAGUUGGCGAUGCGCAGGUGUUUGUGCCUGCGUGGCUUUCGUCCUCAGGUGGCGGUAAGCGCCCUUGGCAUUGAUUUACGGAGUUGUGGCGUGCGCUUUUGCGCAUCGAAGCCUCCUGGGAUUCAUUUGACUCAGCGUACGUCCGAGGGCCCGGUCAGCGAUGACCCCAGGCGGGGUGCUGUGAGGAACAAUAUCGAGGAGUUGGUAAAGAAUCUCUCAGAGGAGGACCAAAGAUUAAUUCUCAGCGCUCUGCAGGAUCCAGAGGCGCAACCCAGUUCGAAGAUGGGUGGCCCUGGAAUAGGCACAAAAACAGGUGACAUGGUUGCGGCGUUCACGUGUGGGCAGUGUGAACAUCGUAUGGUCAAGAGGUUUAGCAAACAUGCUUACACAAAAGGUAUUGUAAUUGUUCAGUGUCCCUCUUGUGAAGUGCGACAUCUACUCGCCGACAACCUUGGCUGGUUUGUGGAUGGGGCCAAGAACGUUGAAGAAAUGCUCCGCGAAAAAGGCGAUUCUUUUAUUCGUGUGGGUAAUGAUUAUCAAGUUGAACCGACUAGUGUUGGGACUGAGCGCGACGGUAAUAAUAACUGA